AUGGGACCUUUUCCAUCUUCAAAUGGUUUUCUCUACAUUUUAUUGGCUGUGGAUUAUGUUUCUAAAUGGGUGGAAGCGAAAGCCACCAAAACUAAUGACUCAAAAGUUGUUUCAGAUUUUAUUAAGACUAACAUUUUUGCAAGAUUUGGAACACCUAGAGCAGUCAUCAGCGAUGGAGGGAGUCAUUUUUGCAAUAGAACAUUUGAAACGUUGCUUAGGAAGUACAAUGUCACACAUAAGGUGUCUACACCUUAUCACCCGCAAACAAGUGGUCAAGCAGAAGUAUCAAACCGAGAGGUAAAGCAAAUUUUGGAGAAAACUAUGAGUCCAAGUAGGAAGGAUUGGAGCAUGCGCUUGAACGAUGCAUUGUGGGCUUAUAGGACUGCCUAUAAGACUCCUAUUGGAAUGUCCCCAUUUCGGUUAGUUUAUGGGAAACCAUGUCGUCUUCCAGUAGAAUUAGAGCACAAAGCUUAUUGGGUGAUCAAAGCCUACAACAUGGACAUGAGUGUUGCUGGAAAGCAGAGGAAGCUUCAAUUGAAUGAGUUAGAUGAAAUCCGGAAUGAUGCGUACGAGUCUAGUCGCAUAUACAAGGAGAAAUCGAAGGCAUUUCAUGAUAAGAUGAUCUUAAGGAAGAGCUUUGUCAUUGGACAGAAAGUUCUUAUAUUUAAUUCUCGCCUUCAGUUAUUUCCAGUGGAACUCCAAAGUGCAAAGACCAGAAACGUGUUCAAAGUGAAUGGGCAUAGACUCAAGCCAUAUUACGAGUCUUUUACGGAGCAUGAUGUGGAGGUUGUACCCCUCCAAGAACCAGCUCCCCUUGGAUGA